UGACGGGCCGCGGCGGGCAGGGCCGUGCCCCGGGGAUGGCGGAAGCGGAGGCCAAGAUGAAGCAGUUUGGCGGCGGCGGCGGCGGCGGGGCCGGGCUGGAGGCGGAGCGCGGCCGCUUCCCGUACUGCGUGGUGUGGACCCCGAUCCCCGUCCUCACAUGGCUCUUCCCGAUCAUCGGUCACAUGGGGAUCUGCACAUCGACCGGAGUCAUUCGGGACUUCGCGGGGCCGUACUUUGUCUCAGAAGACAACAUGGCAUUUGGGAAGCCAGUGAAGUACUGGAAACUGGAUCCCAGCAAAGUGUACUCCACCGGAUCCAAUGCUUGGGACACAGCUGUACACGAUGCCUCAGAGGAGUACAAGCACCGAAUGCACAAUCUCUGUUGUGAUAACUGCCAUUCUCAUGUAGCUCUGGCCUUAAACUUGAUGAGAUAUGAUAACAGCACCUCCUGGAACAUGGUGAAACUCUGCUUCUUCUCCCUGCUCUAUGGGAAGUAUGUGAGCAUAGGGGGAUUUGUGAAGACCUGGCUGCCCUUUGUCCUCUUCUUGGGGGUGAUCAUGACCAUUGUUCUCACACUUCAUUUGCGGUGAUGGCAGCUCUGAAAUCCCCAUUCCAUGGGCACCCAAAGGAAGAGACUGUGACUGAUCCAGCAAGGUGGAGGCAUGGCACUCUGGGAGGUGUUUUCCAGGGAAGGUGGCAACUCCACUCCAUUGUGACAGCUCCUCUUGAAGCUUCUUUUCCUUCUGUUUUUGUUCUGUUGGUGGCAUCUCCCAGCAGCAGGGCUCCCAAAGCUGCCUGCUCUCUCCCUUGCUGCAGUCUGGUAGGUAGGAAUGCAGUCAGGAGAGGAGAGGGAGGUGUGGACACCUUCCUUUCAUCAUCACAUAAAGCCACCAGGCAAACCCUGCCUCCUGGUUCAGGAGCACAAGCAGAUACACCUUGUAAGGUUCUCUCUGAUCACCUGGUUGCUUCCUCUUGGCAGAAGUCAUCAGAUGCUUCCUCAGCUCUCCUCAGUCUCCGCGAAGGAGCCGUAGUUUCCCUGUUGCACGACUCUCCUGUAGCACAUGUUUCCAAGUGGAGGUAUGGGGUUCCUCCUGGGGAUGUCGGGUGCCACAGCACCCUAUUGAUGACAGGAAGGUGUUGAUGCUCCUCUGAGGAGGUGCACAGAGGAACGCUCUGUGGCAGGGCGAAUUCAUCCUGUCCUGCUGGGGAGCCCAGAAGGGCAGGAAAGUCCAUCCACCAGCUUGGGUAUGGCUCAGGGCAGUCUGCACACUUCCAAUAGCCUCUUACAGAGCUGGGAGUCUACUGUUGAAUCCCUUUUAGCUUGUGCCAGAGAACAUAGAACUUCCCUGCUUCUCCCUGUGCUUUGAAUACCUCAGAUUGUCGUUACACUUCUCAUGAGCCACUUCCCUUUCCUUUGCUGCCCUGUCCUUUGUGUGUUGCAGCAUAACCUGAGCCUGCAGAGGUGGCUGGAGCAGCAGGUACGUGUCUCUGGAAGGCUUAGUGUAGGGCUUUGAAAGCAUCGUGAGACCUGGGGCCAUCAGAGGCAACUGGAAGAUGCCCAUGUUCUGGUUGGAUUCUGCAGCAUUAAACUGGGGCCCUGGCUUGCUUGUGGCUGGUUCCGGGAUAGUGCACAAGGUCUGUUGACUUCCUUGGUGUGCUUUGAAGAGCACACCUGGGAUAUGAGUGCUUUGCUGGACUGGCUUUGGUGUGAGAGAUGCUGCUCUGGCAGCAUCAAGGAGCUGAUGGCCCUUCUAAGCCCUGGAUGGAGCAGGACAGGUAGUAGGGAGGUAGCUCCAGGUCAGUCUGUGCUGGUGUUCUGGCCUGAGGGUGCUGUUUUUUCUGUGGGGCUCUGAGCCAGGCAACCCGUUACAGAAGUGUGGGUAAAGGGUGAUGUGCAGUUGAGCAGAGCCCCCUGACCGCACAGGGAGGAAAACAGCUUUCCCAACUCCUCCAGCCCUAUGGGAGGGCUGGGGACUCCUCUUGGACUUCUCCAUCUCUGCAUUUCCUCCUUUUCCUCAGUCACCUUCAAAUGCCCCCUUCUCAGCAUCCCGUUGUCUGUCACCUGGUACUGGCUGUUGUGGGGUGGGUGAAGAUGUGCAGACCUCGCUGCCCUUCCCCAUGGACCUGGAACUAAAGCAGUGGUUGGUGCCUGCUCUGUGCAGUCAUUCCAAGCCUGUGUGGAGAGCAAGCCGGAGGGCACUGCGCCUGGGACUGAUGAGAAAGCCAAGCUCUUGAUCAAAGAGAACCUUAUGAUGAAAGGAUGGUGUCUGAUGGUGUCUCCCCAGCUACCCUGCCUUGCCGUCUGGCUGAAGCACCCCAGGACAAGCCAGUUGAACAGGAGGGAUUAGUCCUUUGCCUCUGCUCUUAAUGUAAGUCUGAUUCCUCAGAGUGACCUGCCAAGGAUGUGCUCAGAGUCCCUGGCCGCAGGGCUGAAGCCAGCCUGUCUUACACAGUAGCAAUAACCUCGAGACUCUCAGGCCUGUGUCACACGUUGGGUCAGUGUGUUAUCAAUACGAGCAUUGCCAAAGCUGAGACCUGGAGCUGUCAGGGGAGGCCGGGAGCGGGCUGCUGCCACACUCCCUGCUCCUGGGGCUUCCAAAGCCACGUUCAGUGCCAUUCCCCACAUACUCCUUUGCUCCUCAUGCUUUAACCAGAGCUGGGUUUCCAAUGGAGACUCCUUGAGCAGCAGGAGAUGGGCUCGGAGUGGGGUGGAGGCUGCUGGGGAGGAAGGCAGCGCUUCACCCACGUCCUGGCUCCACAGCCAACCCGCUUCCACCAGUGGAAAUGGAAGGAAUGGCAUCCAAAGGGAAGCUCAAAUCCCAAACCUGAGGUAUCACAAAGCCUUUGGGCUGGUUGGAUUCUUGGUCUUCCUGCCACUGUGGUUGUGUGGGGAGUGUGACGCUUCCUUGCAUAAGGAACAUCCUCUCCUUGCAGCUCCCUUCAUCUCACCACUGGCUCCUGCAGUGCCCCCUUGCACAAGCCACAUUAAAGCUUCACCCUGUCCUUCACCUUCCCUCUGCACGUGGCUGUGGUGCAGAGCUCCGGUGCUGCCGUUGCUCCCUGGUCAGGCUCCCUGUUCCUCGUUCUCCUGCUCUCUGCGGGGCGCUGGGUCUCUCUGUCAGUAUUUAAAGUGCUUCUGUGCUUUCAGCAUCCUGAGGGGGGGAAAUAAACUUGGUUCUGUGAUGUCUC